UUUUUCCCAUGCAAAAAGAGCCUAGCGAAGGAAGCCAGCCAGAACCAUCCAACCGCAAAAGCAAUUCAAAUCGUCAACAUCGCUUAGCGUGGGACCUGACCGUUUUGAAUUGAAUUCGGGUUUUCUUUUACAAGUAGCUGAGAAUUGAUAUCGCAUAGAUCAAAGUCGCAUACACUUCUCAACCCUUACGACCACAAACUUGCAUUUUCAAAAUGAGCGAGGCUGACGUCGCUGUUAAGCCUGUUGAGGCUACCGAGCCCGUUGUCGACAACCAGACCACCCAGGCCGAGGAGACCAAGAAGGACGCCGGUGUUCUCAAGACGACCGCCCGUACCGACUACAAGAACUUCAAGAACAAUCGCAAGUUCGAUCCCUCUGCGCUCGAGGUUACUGACGACGCUGAUGCUAUCCGCAAGCAGGUUGAAUUCUACUUUGGCGACUGGAACUUUGCCCAGGACAAGUUCAUGUGGGAGACAUGCGGUGGCUCAGAGAACAAGCCCAUGCCCCUCGAGAAGAUCUGCACCUUCAAGCGCAUGCACCGCUUCCAGCCCUACAGCGCCGUUGUUGCUGCUCUCCGUGAUAGCACCUUCCUCGACAUUGAAGGUGAGGAGGGCAAGGAGGCCGUAAAGCGCAAGGUUGCCUACCAGUCUGCUGGCAACACCCGCGCCAAGUCCGAGGCUGCCACCGUCUACGUCAAGGGCUUUGGCGACGAGAGCCCCAGCACCCAGCUCGACCUGGAGAACUUCUUUGCCAAGUUCGGCGAGGUUAAGGGCCUCAAGCUCCGCCGUACUGGCGAGAACCUCUUCAAGGGUUCCGUCUUUGUCACCUUUGCCGACGAGGAGACUGCCAACAAGUUCAUUGCUAUGGACCCCGCCCCCAAGUGGCAGGACGAGCACGAGCUCAAGAUCAUGACCAAGCACGACUACUGCGAGGAGAAGAGCGAUCUCAUCCGCCAGGGCAAGCUUGAGCCCAACGGCAACUCUUCCAAGAAGUUCUUUGAGGGCCGCGAGUCUGGUUCUCGUAAGGGUAAGGACGGAUCUCGCGACCAUGACGACUGGAAGAAGCGCCGCGAUUUCGACCAGAAGAACGGCUUCCGUGGAGGCAGAGGCGGUCGUGGCGGCCGCGGUGGACGCGGUGGACGCGGUGGACCUCGCUCUGGCGAUCGCCGCAACGGCAAGCCUUCCGAGGAGAACGGCGCCGACGGUGACAACGCUAAGCGUGCCCGCGACGAUGAGGGUAGUGCCAAUGAGGGCGAGCCCGCGGCUAAGAAGGUCGACACAAAGGAGCAGGCCGAGUAAAGGCGGCGGUGACGGCAUCAAAACGAACAUCUACAAAAUGGACUUUUUGCGAUAAGGGCGAUGGAUGAUGGGCAUGUUGGCAAGGUUACGCCAGAAAUCGUUUUUCUUUUUUACACCCGGCGUUUAUAUUUCCGUACAGUAACUGAACAAAAAAUGGUACAUUCUGCUUGGAAACACGAUAUACAUGAUGUCUACACCCUUUUCCCUGUUAGUGAAUCUUGGCGUAGGCAGAUCGUUAGCGUGCGAUUAACGGGAGUAGGCCGACAUUAGCGAAGGGGACGACGGUGGCUGCUGCAGAUAGAUGCAACACUGGCUUCCCCGCCGGCCAAGCUACAGUAGUAACAUUAAUGUCUUCUUCUCUUUUUUGCCAGGUUUUCUCUGUGGCUAUGAAUAAAUUUACUGGAAUAUUCUCUA